GGAAUUACCAGGUGCAUAAGUAGCAGCGACUGCACCGAUAUCCAACAAACCAAGCAGACAUUUGUACAUUCAUUCCAUCACUUCAUCUUUUUAAUAAUCUUCCAUUACUCAACGCAUUGACAACUACCCUCUUACACACCAAGUUCCUCGUAAAAAAAAGCCCACAAGUAUUCCUCACAUGGCUCAGCUCAACAUGUUUUCUCGACUUUCAAAGACCGACAGCAACAAACCUCUAAUCGACAACGACUCCGCAAGCGAGUCCCAGACCAGCUCCAGCCCAAAGAAGUCUCUAUACCGCAAAUUCCAAGACUCCAAGAGAGGAGAAAUCUCAGACGCCGACGUCCUAAAGUACACCGGCAUGAGCAAAGAUACUCUAAACGGGUGGGCGGCCGAUCGUCCCGGCGUAGGCGGAAACAGGGCAGCGGGAAGCAUCACAACCGGUAGCCCGUCGGGCCUGGGUGGUAUGAUGGCUGAGACCGGUUAUGGCGGCUGGGGUACGGAUUCGAACAGCACCCCAAAGCUUCCACCUACGACAAAGUCCGAGAAUCAAGAGUCCAACGAUGCGGUGGCUGGGGUUGUGGCUAAGAACUGAACACAUAGCCGGUGUCAUUGGAUAGAUAUGAAGGCUCGCAGUAGGAAAGGGCCACCAAACUCCAACUUCACAGUCUCCUACCGCCUCUCAACUAAUCCACCACGACGCCAUAUGUACUUAAGGCGCUGCUCAUAUCCUCUCCUCACACUCUCACCUCCUAUAGACCAUGGUAAAAACCUCUGCUAGACGUAUAGAAGAGGUGCUGAUUCAUCGCUCUAUCUAUCCACCCAUCACGAGCCACCUUACCUCACUUGUAGGUAGGCAGGUACCUUACGAACCGCCCCUUCCCUCUGAACACACAACAAUCCCAUAUUUACCCCCUCACUUCCAUUCCAGUCACCAGCCAGCAGGCGCCCCCUUGGGGGUCAGGUCAAACCUGGCUGGUUGGUGGAGUGGUUGAAGUCCACGAACAGCCUA